ACGUUCAUAAGCUCCCGAUAUAUAUAAUAGAUAGAACGGUUUGUCAUAAGGGGUUCGGGUAAAUUAACCAAUAGUGGGAUCAAACUAGUUCAAACUAAAGCCAAAGCAGACCCAGCAUCUCAAAACCUGCAGAUAGGUUGUUCCAAAACACGUCUUAAUUUUGAUAUCGAUUUGACCUUCUUUUUAACUACUUCAGAUUUGGGAAGUACAGUUCAGGAUAGGCUAUGAAUGCACUAAGAAGUGUUAAAGAGUUGUUCAUUGACUUCCUUAAAGAUGCAGCUAUAGAACAUACCCAAAAGGGAACCAAGAUGGCGCUUGUUUAUAAUCGAGCAUUAGAGAAGCUAAGACAGCAUGAUCUGGAAAUAACAGAGAUUAAACAGCUAAAGAAAAUUCAAUUUAUAGGAGACAGAACUGCAGACUUUCUUUGUAAGAAGCUUCAAGCACAUUGCAAGUCUAACGCCCUUGACUUUCCUGAUUCGUUUAAUAUCAUGAGUUCUGAUAAGAGAAAGCAAGUUGAUUCUGACGAUAAGCCAAAGAAGAAAACCAAGAGAACAAAUUACUUACCGAAGAGGAGAGCCGGUUCAUGGGCGAUCUUAAUUGCAUUAUACUUGAAAGAUAGGCGUGGAAGAGGUCUAAGGAAAGAUGAAAUCACCUCAACGGCUGCUGAAUAUUGUGAUGGUUCAUUCAAUUCUAAUCCCGGUGCUGGGGUGUUUUAUUCAGCUUGGGAUGGUAUAAAAGUUCUCAUAAACCGGGAUUAUGUCCAUGUAUCUGCGUCUACUCCCAAAUUAUACACAUUGACUGAAUCUGGGUUAUCUUUGGCUAAAGUUUUGAUUGACCAAGAAGGUAUUUCAGUCUCACCGAUACGGCAAGACGUUUCGGAUAUGUCUUUUGAUAACGGGAUUCGAAUCUCUCCUAAUAAUACGUUUUCGUCGUCCCAGUAUACUAAAUCGCAGAAUGAAGUAGCCAAUAAUCUUCAAUCAUCGCCUAGCAAACCUAUAGAAAUUGCAAAUUCAAGCUCCCCAAAUAUUUCAUUUAUACAUCCGGACCCAAAUCUCUUAACUAGUCCUUCGAAAACCGAUAAGCAUUUGAGUCCGCUGAAGAAUGUCACUUCAAACAUUUUGUUUAAUACAAUUGAUUCAUCGCCAUCAAGAGUUCAAAAACCUUCUGAAGAGGAAAUCAUGUCAUCGCCAAAGCGAAAAGAUUCUUUGAAAUACCAUCAUGAUCGAGCAAAACGAGUAUAUGCGGACAUAGCCUAUGAGAUUUGGUCAUCUACCGACUACGAAAUUGUUCCUAUCAUUGAUAAUAGGGAAAUACGAUCAAGCAAAGAACGAGAUUACUUCGAAUCAAAACUUGGCUCGCAUAACGUAAAGUGUGAUGUGAGGCCAUUAUCCUUGGGGGAUAUUUUAUGGAUUGCAAAACAUAGAACUACAAAAAAAGAAGUUGUGCUUGACUUUGUUUGCGAAAGAAAGAGAAUAGAUGAUUUGGCAGCAUCGAUAAAGGAUGGUAGGUUCCAAGAACAAAAAAGUCGAUUGAAAAAAUCAGGUUUGAGGUAUGUUUACUAUUUAGUAGAGGAAAUGAUGGCAGAUUUCAAUGGAGGUGAAAUGCUUGAAUCAAUUAAGAGUGCCAUUUCCAUGACCAUGACAGUUUCCAAAUUUUAUGUCCGUAAAUUUAAAAACCUUGAUUCUACAAUAUCCUAUAUUGCCACUUUAACUAAUGUCAUACAUGAUAAAUAUAUAGGAGAAGGUAAAAAAUUAAUAGUGCUCAAGCCUAGAUCCAUUGAUAAUCAAGACGAGUUUCGCUCUCAAUUAAACCUUUUCAGAGAUAAAUUCGAAACCGAAAAGGGUAGUUAUCUAUGUACUCAUCUAUUCCCAUUAUUCCAGGACGCAAUGCCCAAAACAGGAAUGAUGACGGUCAAAGAAUACUUCAUCCUCAUGUUAAUGACAAUCAGAGGCAUUUCAUUAGAAAAAGCCUUGGUGAUUCAAAAACAUUUCCAGACACCAAAAGUGCUUAUUGAGUUCUUUAUACUGCACAAACAUGAUACAGAAUCUGUAAAGAAGAACCUUAUUGGUAAUCUUUUCAAAAAUGAAAUCGGUAAUAAAAAGAUUGGUAAACAAGCCCUGGAAAAUGUUUACUUAGCUUGGGGUAUGUAG